AUGUGUCACCAACUCAUUCAGGUCUUUGAUUGUGGACACAACACCGGAUCAAAAAUUAUCGAAUGCAAGAACCCUACCAGCGAUUGCAACGAGGUAUUUCUGCGGCAGGAAUUGGAAGAUAUCGCAAGACUGUGUGCAUCAUGUCAGAGGAAAGAAGACUAUCACAAAGCUUACCGGAGGGAAGUGGUAGAGGAUGAAGGCUACUGGUCUUAA